AUGAUGCAGGCGGGGAUGCACUCUCAGCCAGGUCUGGAUAGGCACCUGCCGCUGCUGCGAGGCCGCCACAGGGUUCCUCCGGGCAGUAUGAUACUGGGCCUAGAGGAGGCUUACCCCGGGUGUCACAACCGGAGCCCUCCCGUAGCCUACAUAGACACCGGUGCUCAGGACUUCAGUGAAAAUGACCGGAACGUCGCCCCGGUGUUGGAAAGGAUAAAGAGGACUCGAUCCAGUAGUUCAAGGCACCGGUAUAACGAGGUUGUCACAGAAUUGGGACCCGAAGAGGUGCGGUGGUUUUACAAAGAGGACAAAAAAACCUGGAAGCCUUUCGUUGGACACGACUCCCUGAAAAUUGAGGUCAUGUUCCGUAAAUUCUGCGAAAAGAACCCUGGCACGACCAAGCGCCAGGGCUUUUUGGGCAUGAAUGAAGGGUAUGAGGAAGAGAAUACAAGCGGUGUGGAAGCGACAACUGGGGGGUCGAACGGAGUUGAGCGAGCUGGACCAGUGCUGGAGCCGAGAACUAGGGUACAUAGGGACAGGGGUUCGAUGGAGAAAACGCACUCCACAGACGAAAGAGACCUUGAUUCAAUAAACAUCAGUGUAGAGGCUGUAUGUGUCAGGGGUGGGCUGUAUGAGGUGGAUGUCAAAGACAGAGAAUGCUAUCCUGUGUAUUGGAAUCGUAAGUAUCAAUAGGACGUUUCCUCUUUCCUAGUUGUAUACCCACCAUUCAUGUUUUUUGUUGUUGCUUGCAAACCAAUGUGUGUAAGAGGGUUUGCGCCCCUUUAAAGUAUUUUAGUCAACAACCCAUCUUGCCAAGUGCUAUUAAUCUCCCAAUGGUAAGCAAACGCCUCGGUGCCAGAUGUUGAGUGGUGUCCAUAAUCUCUGGUUUUAAUUCCUGUUGCAUAUCUCUCCAAUGAGAGGCUGCAGAUUGUGUGGACAGGUCACUACAGAGAUUACCUUGUACAGCACUCACAUGAGAUCAGAGGUCGCAUGGUAUGAUGUCACCAUCAUUCAUUGACUUCUCCUAGGCAAUCUGUCUGUCUAUAAUAGGCCUUAAUGCACAAAUAUGGGCCACAUACAGUGCAUUCGGAAAAUUCUAAAAUGGAUUAAAUCACUUUUUUCCAUCAAUCUACACACCAUACCCCAUAAUGACAAAGCAAAAACUGGUUUAGAGAUCUUUGCAAAUAUAUAAUUUUUAAACAUUAAUCACAUUUCCAUAAGUAUUCAGACCCUUUACUCAGUACUUUGUUGAAGCACCUUUGGCAGCGAUUACAUCCUUGAGUCUUCUUGGGUAUGACACUACAAGCUUGGCACACCUGUAUUUGAGGAGUUUCUCCCAUUCUUCUCUGCAGAUCCUCUCAAAUUCUGUCAGGUUGGAUUGGGAGCGUCGCUGCACAGCUAUUUUCUCCAGAGAUGUUCGAUCGGGUUCAAGUCUGGGCUCUGGCUGGGCCACUCAAGGACAUUGACACUUAUCCCAAAGCCACUCCUGCAUUGUCUUGGCUGUGUGCUUAGGGUCGUUGUCCUGUUGGAAGGUGAACCUUUGCCCCAGUCUGAGGCCCUGAGUGCUCUGGAGCAGGUUUUUAUCAAGGAUCUCGCUGUACUUUGCUCAGUUCAUCUUUCCCUCGAUCCUGACUAGUCUCCCAGUCUCUGCCGCUGAAAACAUCCCCACAGCAUGAAGCUGCCACCACCAUGCUUCGCCGUAGGGAUGGUACCAGGUUUCCUCCAGGCGUGACGCUUGGCAUUCAGGCCAAAGUGUUCAAUCUUGGUUUCAUCAGACCAGAGAAUCUUGUUUCUCAUGGUCUGAGAGUCCUUUAGGUAACUUUUGGCAAACUCCAAGCAGGAUGUCAUAUGCCUUUUACUGAGGAGUGGCUUCUGGCCACUCUACCAUAAAGGCCUGAAUGAUGGAGGACACUGUUCUUGGACCUUCAAUGCUUCAUAAAUGUUUUGGUACCCUUCCCCAGAUCUGUGCCACGACACAAUCCUGUCUCUGAGCUCUACAGACAAUUCCUUCGACCCCAUGGCUUGGUUUUUUCUCUGACAUGCACUGUCAACUGUGGGACCUAAUAUAGACCGGUGUGUGCUUUUCCAAAUCAUGUACAAUCAAUUGAAUUUACCACAGGUGGACUCCAAUCAAGUUGUAGAAACAGCUCAAGGAUGAUCAAUGGAAACAGGAUGCACCUGAACUCAAUUUCGAGUCUCACAGGCUGUAAUGUAACUAAAUGUGGAAAAGGGGAAGGGGUCUUUCUGAAUGCACAAUCUGGACUAGAGUCGGGCCAUCAUAUUUGAGCAACCUAAUGAACCUGUAGUUUAUCUUUGCCACCUCUCACAAAUCCACAACAGUGGCCCGUUUUUAUUAGUUUAUCCAUCAUCCUGGGCACUGCCUCCAUUGAAUGUAUCUGGAUGUGCUAACUAAUUCAUGGAGAUUUCCAAGAAAGCCAGUCAUGGUGAAAAUGAAUGGACCCAUGGUUAUAGGGCCGGUUGCUAUAGAGCCCUGGAUUACUUGAUCAGGCCAGCGGGGUAUUUCAUUUUCCCUGAAGGGAUGCAGGGCUAAUUGUCUGAAUUCGCCUGAGGUAAAAUGUAAUGUAAAUGUAAAACAAAGUGACAGUUUGAGAGUUUUUGUUUCCUAGGAUCUUGCAGCUAGAUGUUGUAAUCAGUUUGAGACUCUGUUACUAUGUUUGGGCCUGUAAUAUCACUGUUUGACAUACUAAUGAGUUAGCCCUAUAUCUUCUCUCACUAGAGUCUGUUUGAUUUAAUAAGACUUUUCGGAGACAUUGGCAUUUUCACUAUCCUACAUCUGUACUCUGCACCACAUCCAAUGAUAAAUGUAGCCUGAAUACAAAUGUAGCCUACUGUAAAAGUGAUUCCAUAAGAGUUUUUAUUUAUUUGCUGCUCUAUAGAUAGUGCUUAACCGUGUGUUGCUUACUCCCUGUUUGUAGGAACAAAGUCACACCCAAACUAUGUGCUGUUAGCUAGAAUACACAAUGUAGUGUUGUCAUGCUCUCACCAAUGACUAAUUCUAAACUAAUCAGUUCUGUAAUCUACUUUGGCCUCCUUCCACACGCAACUGAGAUUGCCAAUGCCUAGCUUUAUGGAGUGCCGGGUUACCUGUCGUAUUGCAGCCGUCACAAAAGUACCUACCUAGUUUUAUUUGCAUGCUGUGUCAUCCCCACACAGAUUGUUGUUACCAACUGGCUCAGGAUACAUUACACAUUUUUGUCUUUGAUAACCUUAGCAUUUCGUUCCCUGUCUAGGAAACAAUCAAAGGGAAACAUUGAAAAUAAAAACAAAUUGAAUGCUUGUGUAAAUGUCUCUUGAACUUCCCCCUGCUCCUUUCUCUCUCCCACCCUCAGAACAGGAGAGCAUCCCUGUCAUGAGGAGCCAGUGGUUCAUAGAUGGCACCUGGCUCCCGUUGGAGGAGGACGAGAGUGACCUCAUCGAGGUGGAGCACCUGACCCAUUUCCGUGGGCAACAGAUGCAGGACAGCUUCGACUCCAACUCUGUGGUGGCCAAGACAGUCGACAGCAAAGAUGGUGAGAGAACACCGUGGCUUGUGGGAGAUGUGCUUUAG